GCAGGCUGAGCAGAGGAGGUCCAGAACUGCGCUUUCUUCUGCUCCAUCAGUCUCUCAGCCUGUGGCUCCGUGUCGAGCCCUGAAUUGAUGGCUUCACUGGCGUUUUUAUUGCCUGCUCGCGCUUCCCGGAACAACCGCGAAAUGUUAUCUCUCCAGUUCUGAGCCGCGCUGAUGAUGUGUGCUCGUACAAUUUGGCUGGAAGCUGAGAGAUGAUGAUGAUGAUGGUGAUGGUGAAGGAGAAAGUGCUCUCGCUGUGAGGACUGUUGGACUAGUUGCGUUUCGCCUGUGCUAAGACUCCACGCGACAGGACGACCGUUAGGAAAACACAGAAGGUGACCGGCAGCAUUUGUCUCGGUGCAAUUUGCAAAUCCUCUUCAUGACUGAGUCAGAUCUGAUGAGAGAUAUCUGAGAGACAAUAGACAAAUCUGAGUGCUUAAAGCUGCACUCACCCCUUCCUCAGUCGGUGGGCAUGGUUCAAACAGGAGCGUGCUAUGACAGACAUGUCUGAGGAGAAAAUGAAUUGUACCAUCGAAUACCAGAUACACCAGUACCUUUUCCCCAUAACUUACAUCCUGGUCCUGCUGGUGGGUCUUCCUGCCAACGCAUACUCGCUCUACCACGCAUGGCUGCAGCUGAGGGCCCGCAAUGAGCUAGGCGUCUACCUCUUCAACCUGACCGUGUCUGACCUGCUGUACCUGGCCUCACUGCCCUUCUGGCUGCAGUAUUUCUUUCAGGGCGAUAACUGGCAGUAUGGCGAGUUGGCGUGCAAGAUAUUUGGAUUCUUACUCUAUGAGAACAUCUACAUCAGCAUCGGCUUCCUCUGCUGCAUCUCCAUCGACCGCUACCUGGCUGUGGUUUACCCGCUGCGCUUCUCGUCCCUCCGCACCAUGAAGGCGGCGAUGCUGGUCAGUGCUGUGGUGUGGCUCAAAGAACUGUGCGUAAGCAUGGUCUUCAUCCACCAUAAGGAACUAAGUACAGACACAUUCAACCAUUCAUUGUGCUUCGAGCACUACCCUAUGCAGCCGUGGGAACGGGAGGUCAACCUUUACCGUUUCUUUGUGGGCUUCCUGUUCCCCCUGGGGAUCUUAUCCUUGUCAUACUUCCGAGUGCUGCGGGCGGUGGGCAAGAGCGCUGGGACACAGACGACUCAGAAGACCCGAAUCAAGAACUUGGUGACCAGCACCAUCAUCAUCUUCCUGGUGUGCUUCUCACCGUAUCAUGUUUUCUUACUGGUGCGGACAGCCUUAGAGCAUGACUGCUCCUUUACUGUGAAAAUAUUCAACCCCUACCACUUCUCUCUGCUGCUCACCAGCUUGAACUGUGUGGCCGACCCAGUGCUCUACUGCUUUGUAAGCGAAAGUGCCCAGCGAGGCAUCCAACAGGUCGUGGAGACCUGCAGCCACACCCUCUGUUGCUGUAAAUGCGAGGGCAGCUACAGCACGGACUCUAACGAAACUGUGGCACCCAUCGACAAUACUGUAGGAACCUCAGUGGUGACGCUGCUGCACCAGACCAAAACUGAAAUCUGAAUACCUGUGGUUUCUCCUAAGAAUUUCCAUCAAACCGCAGGGUGAAAGAGGAAAUGUCAGGCCAAAGGUGUUUGUACGGGUUAUUAUGUUAUGAGCACAAGUGUUAUACCUUACUAAUGCCUUGUGUAUGUCUAUAUGCUCAUCUUUGUUCCAAAAACCGAUUGAAACAAUUAUUGAUUUUGUAGUGUAUGUGGUGUAACUCUCAGGGACUGCUGUCUUGACAAUUACUGAUGGUUGACAUUUGAGGUUUGAGGCAGGAACCGGCCUCUGCUCCAGCAUUUCUUUUUCUUAAGCAGAUUUCCAAAAACAUUUCCCGACUAAAACCAUCACUGAGCUCGAAGGCAGAAAUAUAUACUUCUUUCAUAUAAGUAUACAUCAUACAAAGUAUAGACUUCUCAUGUAUGGAACUGACAUAAACAAUAGAGACAAGAAGAGCUAGCGCUGGAGGCCAAUUAGAUACAUUUAUGCAGCAUACUGAGUGAAAAUACUUUGAGGAACGUAUACAGGAUGGAACCCAUACAUGAAGGGGAACUCCUCAUUAUGGAUAACACAUGUGAACAAAGAACUUAAAAGGCAGCCACUUAAAGAAGACAGUCAUAAGAAAUCCUGGAAGUUCCAUCUGCCAGAAUGGAGGGAAUGAACUGAGGUCCUUGAGGCACAAUGCACCUAUCGUGCUUGGUGGUGGUGGGUGAGUGAUGUGUGUGUAUAAUGUAUACGGUCGUUCAGAUCAGCAAAAAGAUUCACUGAACGAAGUAAACAAAAAUCACAGCAAGAGGGUCAUUUUCUUUGCUGUUUUCUCAUUCGCAGUAUGUUUACAAUAGAGUACAUAAUACAUGUUCAUGCAUGUUUUGAACUGUAUACAUGAUAUUCAGAAUAUGUGUAUUUUCAUACAUUCAUAUCAUGGCUGAAGUUCAGAGUUCUUGGGUCUGUCCCACAAAGCACAGCUAACUAGGUCAGGUUUCCUGAUUGAGCUUCAGCUUCACAAAACCAAACAAAUACGGUCGUGGGUAACGCGAUUCAUGAAGGGGGUUAAAUUUCUUUGUUAAUCCAGUUUUUGGCUUUACAUUGUUUAUGUAUUAUACACUUGGUUGAGAUUCAAGUGUUAAUUCAUCAUUUACAAAAUUCUGAUAAAGUCGUCUUUAGUUACUGUUGUAACAUCAAUCAAACCUUUAGCUUGAGCAGCCUGGUAGCAUCCAUAACACUUGUACUAAGAAGUUCAGUAGCACAAAGGAAAAUUUAGGAGCACACAGACGUAUGUUUGAAACAUUUAAAACAUAAACGGGCUCUACAAGCCAGUUCAGUGUAGACAUUUUUGAGAAGUGAUGAACUAGGGAAGUCGUUUAGUCCCUCGAUGUUAAAGCGGCAGAUUUUCAUGUCCCUUCAGAUAAGCUAAAGCUAAAGCUACACAACAUUUUUGCAGCAUAUUCAUUUACAGCAUACAGCAGCCACGCUUAUUAAUAGAAACUGUCCUAUCAUGUUUCAAUGGAAAGUAAAUGUAGCAUU